AUGUCGGGUCAAUUGAGAGAGGCUAUAAUACUGGCAGUCCUGGUUCCUGAUCUCUUCGCUGUUCUAGUCUUGUUUGCAUUUGUAUCUGGUGUAUAUGCUGCUGGGUUAAAGUGCCGGUUACAGACGGAUGACAAGAGGCGGGCCAUCCUAAAAGAGCUGGGUAUCCUUGGAGCGAUUACCGACAAGACCUUUGUCGGACUCUUCCAUCCUUACUGCAAUGCUGGAGGUGGAGGUGAACGCGUGCUUUGGGCGGCUGUCGAGCACUUUCAAAAGACGGCGCCGAACAUCGUUUCCGUAGUCUACACCGGAGACACAGACGCGUCCAAAGAAGAUAUUGUCGACAAGGUCAAGGCGCGCUUUGGCAUCUCAUUGCGCUCAGACACCCUUCACCUGGCCUACCUAAAAUCACGACAUUUGGUAGAGGACAAGGCUUGGCCACGUUUCACUCUGCUUGGACAGUCGUUGGGAUCCAUGGUGCUCGGUUAUGAAGCAAUGAAACAACUAAUACCAGACGUGUAUAUCGACACCAUGGGCUAUGCAUUCACAUUCCAUGUCGUCAGGGCCAUUGCACCUUCCAGCACUCCGAUAGGAGCAUAUGUACACUAUCCCACAAUUAGUACGGACAUGCUCAACCGCGUGCGUGAUCGAAAGGCCGGACAUACGAAUACUGGAGGAGUAGCACGGAGCAGCCUACUCAGCUCAGGCAAGCUUCUAUACUAUCAUAUAUUUGCUUGGCUGUAUUCCGCUUCCUUGAACAGAGCUGACGUACUGAUGGCCAACUCAACAUGGACCAAAAGCCACGUCGAUUCACUCCUGAAGAGUAGUCAAAAUACGCCAUUCAGUUCAACACUUGUCAAAACCGCAAAGAUCGUAUACCCGCCCUGCGAUACCCAUGGUCUCGAAAAUUUCCUGCUCGAAGGAAGACAGCGUGUGAUAAUGAGCCUGGCCCAGUUCAGACCGGAGAAAGAACACGCAACACAACUCUACGCCAUGCGUGAUUUACUGGAAAUGAAUCCCGAAUACCGAAAUGGAGCUAAUGAAGUUAAGCUCGUGCUGCUGGGCAGCAGCCGUAACGACGAGGAUGCAGCUCGGGUGGAAUCGCUGCGUCAGCUCGCUAAGAAGCUCGGUGUCAAUGAAAGUGUCGAAUUUGUGGUCAACGCGCCAUGGAAGGAGGUGCAAGGCUGGCUAUCUCGCUCAUCUAUCGGGUUUAGCACCAUGAUCGAUGAACAUUUUGGCAUAAAUGUAGUCGAAUUCUUGGCGGCUGGCCUCAUACCUGUUGUGCAUGCAUCGGCCGGUCCAUUCCUCGAUAUCGUUGUACCAUAUCAAGGGCAGCCUACCGGUUUUCACGCGAAAGACGCGUCCGAAUUCGCGCGAAAACUGGACGAGGCGCUUAUGCUCAGCCCAUCUUCCCAACUGUCCAUGCGCAAACGAGGCAGAGCAUUGGCAAGCGAGAAGUUCUCCACUGAGCAGUUUGUCAAGGGAUGGGAUGAGAGUUGGAGAGAGCUGGACGCAUUACGGUCGAGGCGGAGGUAG